AUGACGACGGAGUUUUUGGAAUAUAACAAGAAUGUGUUCCUCGUCACUGCAUCACCCUUAACACCGUCGCCGUCCGAGUUUAACAAGGAAUCCACGCCAAAAAGGCUGGGCAACUGGCAAGUACCACGUUGGGCGCCAACUAGACCGCGCCCGCUAGAAAUGCGCCCGAACCCCAAGCCCAUAUGCGACGACAACGGGCACUUCCUCCCCGGAGCACCCAGGGGCACCUCGAGGUGCUUCGGUCACUUCACCGGCACGUGGGAGCUCCCGAGAAAGAUCACUAGAAAAGUUGCCGAAGAGUUAGCCAAGGAGCCGCCUGAUCACAGAUUCCCAGAUUGGUUGAACCUUCGUGUGCAGAGACCCAAGGCCGCUGCCGCGCGCACGCGUACUUCCAAACGCGGUAAAACCAAGAAGGAUGACUCGCCACCACCACAGGACGACCAGACGUUCAAAGAAUUAGAUGACAAUAAGUUUGAAGCUCAGGAAACAGAUAGAAAAGAAGGUGAUGAGGCGCUUGGAUCAAAUAUUACAAAAGAGGAAAACCCAUUACAAAUAGAGCCUAAAAAAGAACCAGUUGAUGCGGACGGCCAUGGACCUUAUGUACCGGGCUCAUUGACUGAACCAGAAAAAAGGCACGACAGCCAAGACUUACUGGUUAAAGAAGCAAUUGAACAAAUACACGGUCCAGAAGAAGACGAAGCCGACAAAUUUUGGAGAAAAGUUGCCGAGAGCGCAAAGAAAAAUGAAAACAGUCAAGAUAACAUGAGAUACAAGAAGAGUAACACUCCUAAACUGCCGUACGUAAAUGUUGCACAACACUUUGAAUUUGCAAAGAAAAUGCACGUAGGAAAUCUGGAACACCAACCAUUGCCAGACACAUUGGGUUACAGAAAUCUAACUAAAAUUGCUGAACAUCGCGAUUCGGAUAUUAUUGUCAAACCGUACGCUAUUGGGUGGAAAGGUUACGGUGCUUCUGGACCUACUUGUUGCACUAAAAUGCGUGUACACAGGCCGAAGACAUGCGACACUAAAAAGGGGGAAAACGAGAAAGACAAUCACAAGAGACCAUCAACAUCUGGCCCCGAUUUAGGCGGCCAAUAUAAGAAACCAUUAUCGUUAAUGGACCUUGCAAUCUGCUGGGAUUUCAGGCCUGACGAUGCUAAACAAGAACCGAAGCCUCCAAAACAUAUAGACGGCUCGAAUGGUUCUAAAGCACCAGCAGUGUUCACAAUGGUACACACCCCGAAAGAGGAAACUGUAGAAGACACAACCAGACAUGCAAAUCCAAUAUUCAGUCAGAACCGAGUAGUUGAAGACAUGGGCCGUCAUCCUGUGCCAUAUUUUGAAAAGGACAUGACAAAAGAUAAACGAAGAAACUCUUGCGACGUACAAUAUUGUCCGCAACACAAUAAUCCCAGUGAAAAAAGCUCAAAAUCUUCUAGCAGAAAGAGCUCGUCACAUUCUGCAAAGAAACCAGAGUGUGACGGUAUUCAUGGUUGUGGAACACUAAGCGAUAUUAGUAGAAAGUCUAGACGCGACAGACCCGAUAAACUGGAGCCUAUCAAAGAUGCGUGGAGCAGGAAAAACAAGAGUGACGAUAAAUACGAUAUAAACAGAAAUCGACAUAGCUUGGAAUCAUAUGAAAAAACACCGCUAGCUCAAGGGAAGCUACUGCAGAGUUCGCCCAACGAUUCACAAAUAACAGGAAGAUCUCCAAAGGAAAGUGUGUCUUCGAGUAGCAGACAUAAGACUUGUUUGCCGUGUAACGAGAAGAUACCCCAAGAGAUAAAGUCGAAGGAGGAUUACAAAUUCGCUUUCAAAGCUGGGAAUCCCAACGCUGUACAGAGCGUGACGAACUCGAGUGACUCAAAAGGGGUCAAAAUGCCGAAGAUGCGGCAUCCGUACACAAAGAAGUCUUACACGAUACCGACUUUGGCGCCUCCUUUUAGCAUUUGGCGGGACGCCAACGCGAGUGGUAAGAAUCUCUCGUAUUCCAUGAAGAAAGUGCAUUUCCUGAUUGUCUCCCACGCUUUAGAACAGUAUUGGAACCACCCCUUCUCUGACAGAUUGGGCACAUUUGUGAUCUGA